AGAGAGGCCAGGCAGGAGUGGGUGACCGAGGAGCCCCAGAGGGCAGAUCUAGGGCAAAUCUAGGGCAGGGGGAGGUCGAGGAAGAGCAGACCGGGCAUCCCAAGGUGCCCCAAGAGCAGGGCCCGGGGGCGGGGAGCCCAGGGGGCGGACCGGCCAUGUCCCACGGGACCUACUACGAGUGUGAGCCCCGGGCUGGCCAGCAGCCACUCGAAUUCUCAGGGGCCCGCGCGGGGCCUGGGGAGCUGGGGGACAUGUGCGAGCAUGAGGCCUCCAUCGACCUCUCUGCCUACAUCGAGUCUGGGGAGGAGCAGCUUCUCUCCGACCUCUUCGCUGUGAAGCCAUCACCGGAGGCCCGAGGCCUCAAGGGCUCCGGAGCCCCGGCGUUCCCCCACUACCUGCCGCCUGACCCUCGGCCCUUCGCCUACCCCCCACACACCUUCGGCCCCGACAGGAAGGCGUUGGGACCUGGCAUCUACAGCAGCCCGGGGAGCUACGACCCCAGGGCGGUGGCUGUGAAGGAGGAGCCUCGGGGCCCCGAGGGCAGCCGCGGGGCCGGCCGCAGCGGCUACAAUCCUCUGCAGUACCAAGUGGCACACUGUGGGCAGACGGCCAUGCACCUGCCCCCGGCUCUAGCAGCGCCCAGCCAGCCCCUGCGUGUCCUCAAGGCCCCUAUGGCUGCUGCCGCGCCCCCCUGCAGUCCCCUGCUGAAGGCUCCCUCUCCAGCGGGCCCCUCGCACAAGGGCAAGAAGGCGGUCAACAAAGACAGCCUGGAGUACCGGCUGCGGCGGGAGCGGAACAACAUCGCCGUGCGCAAGAGUCGGGACAAGGCCAAGAGGCGCAUUCUGGAGACGCAGCAGAAGGUACUGGAGUACAUGGCAGAGAACGAGCGCCUCCGCAGCCGCGUGGAGCAGCUGACCCAGGAGCUGGACACCCUUCGGAACCUCUUCCGCCAGAUCCCCGAGGCCGCCAACCUCAUCAAGGGUGUGGGGGGUUGCAGCUGAGUCC